GCUUUGCCUUUCCAUCUAGUGAUUUUCCAAGCGCUUCUGCUUCUCUUUUCGCCCCCCCCUCCGCCCUCCCUUCUUGUAAAGGGGAGGCUGUUUUAUUGGAAAAUAACCUAGUUCAGCCCAUUAACUGCAUGCUGCAUGUCGGGCAGAUCGAAAACCUCCAUGCAAAAAGCUGAUGCAGAAGACUUCUUUACAUUUGAUGGAUAUUUUCUCUGCUUAUUGCAUAGUAAUGAGCUUCUGACAGGCGCGACCUUUCAUAAGACAGCCCACAUUAUUGGCUUUCUGCCCAGAAUAUUGCUGCAACAUUAUCUGUGAUUGGUUAUCUUCCUAUCAUGCAUUGCUUCACAAGAGAAGCUGCCUUUUUUUUUUAAAUAAACCUACGAUGGCUGGCUGCAAUAUGCUACUCUGUUGGUACUAAGAAGUGCCUUUCCUGACGUCUCUGCUGCUUGGACCCGCUUGUAGAGCAGCUUCUGCUUUUUUGCCUUGCUUGCUGCCAGCUACACUGCAACGAGAGCCCAGCCACCCUCCUCAUCUAGACAACCCCCCUCCCCAAUUCUGUUCUUAAUCAAGAGAAACCCUGGUGCAUAAGGCACCGUCUUAUACCGUUCUGUAGUAGAAUCCAAACUGAGGUAUCUGCUUCUGUAAGACGAAAUCAAGGACAGACAUACAGGGGAUAGAGAGAGAGAGGGAGAGAAAACCUCAAUUAUUAUUCUACAGCGCAGCAUCUAUAUAUGCCAAGCUAAUCAAUACCCAACCCGACCGAAUCGCCAGUCCAGCUGUGUGGAGAUUACCUCUCGGAAAACUUUACACUGAGAGGACUUUUUGAAAAAUUUAUUCCGGCGAAGGGGCUGCCACGUUUUCACGCUUGCAUUUUGGGUUGACUAUCGGAAACACCGAAUGGGCAACUGAAAGUACGGAGAAGUUGCGGGGCCUCGGCACUGAUACCCACCACCGAAUGAUUUUAAGAUCACGGAUCACAUCAUCUCUGAAGAACGAGAGCGGGACAUCUGUAUGCAGAUACGCACAGCACAGAUUUACAAUUUAAAAACCACACGGAAAAAAAAAAAAGAGAGGACGACUGGAGUUUGCCUUUAACUCUCGACUUCAGAGACGUUGUUCUUCUUCUUCGUUUUUUGUUUUUUUUAACUACCUUUAAGUUUUAAGUAUGGCUGUUAGCGUGGCACCGAUUCGGGACACAAAAUGGCUAACGUUGGAAGUGUGUCGGGAGUUCCAGAGAGGGACUUGUUCACGGCCAGACACAGAAUGUAAAUUUGCACACCCAUCAAAAAGCUGCCAAGUUGAAAAUGGACGAGUAAUUGCCUGCUUUGAUUCAUUGAAAGGUCGCUGUUCACGAGAGAACUGUAAAUAUCUCCAUCCACCACCACACUUAAAAACACAGCUAGAGAUAAAUGGACGGAAUAACCUGAUUCAGCAAAAGAAUAUGGCCAUGCUGGCCCAGCAAAUGCAGCUAGCCAAUGCAAUGAUUCCUGGUACCCAACUUCAACCUAUGCCAAUGUUCUCAAUGGCACCAAGCCUAGCCACCAAUGCAACAGCAGCCUUUAAUCCAUACCUGGGUCCUGUAUCACCGGGCCUAGUACAAACUGAAAUCCUUCCUACAACACAAGUGCUUGUUGCCGGAAACCCUGGAGUCGCAAUGCCACCGUCUGCCGCACAGAAAUUGAUGAGAACCGACAGACUGGAGGCGGCCAGCUACAAUCAGGCAGCUGCAGUACGAGCUUCCCCACGUUGCCCAACCAAUGACCUCAACCCUGAACUGGAGGGAGCACCCUCUUUAUGGGUGAGAGGUAGUUCAGUCUCCAUGCCAGCUCAAUCCUGGGCCUCUCCAGAACAGAGACUGCCAGUUGUGCCAAAUUAUGUGUGGUGGUUUUAUGAUGUGGACUCCUACCCUCUGGGAAGUGAGCUGAGACCAGCAAACUCAUUUCACUUAGGACAUCAAGCUGGACUUGACCCCCGGUCUCAGAAGAGAAAGGUUUGUCGAGAGUAUCAACGUGGCAACUGUAACAGAGGAGAAAAUGAAUGCAGGUUUGCGCACCCAUCUGAGAGUGCAAUGAUCGACACCAACGAUAACACCGUUACCGUGUGUAUGGAUUAUAUUAAAGGAAGGUGUUCACGGGAAAAGUGCAAAUACUUCCACCCCCCUGCACAUUUGCAAGCCAAGAUAAAGGCUGCACAAUACCAGGUCAACCAGGCUGCAGCUGCUCAGGCAGCAGCAACCGCAGCAGCCAUGACUCAGUCGGCUGUCAAAUCACUGAAGCGAAACCUCGAGGCAACCUUUGACCUGGGAAUUCCUCAAACUAUACUUCCCCCAUUACCAAAGAGGCCUGCACUUGAAAAAACCAAUGGUGCCACCGGAAUGUUUAAUACGGGUUUUUUCCAGUAUCAACAGGCUCUUGCCAACAUGCAGCUCCAGCAGCAGGCGGCCUUUUUCCCACCAGGCUCAAUUUUGUGCAUGACACCCGCUGCAAGUGUUGUUCCCAUGGUGCACGGUACAGCGCCCGCUAAUGUGUCUGCAGCAGCAACAUCUGCCACAAGUGUUCCCUUCGCUGCAACAGCCACAGCCAACCAGAUACCCAUAAUAUCUGCAGAUCAUCUGAGUAGUCACAAGUAUGUUACACAGCUCUAGAGGUCAUGUCCUGAUGCCAUUAUGCUAAGGAGACAAGGAACUUGAAGAAAGUACAGGCCAAGGCCAUUAGCCAUAGUAUGCAUACAGUACAAACAAGAAACACAGCAUUGCCCACAGAGACACACUUUCAUCUUGCAUGCCGAACAAUGCCUAAAUCAACACGGAUCCCAUUACACACAUUACAGUAUAUAAUUUGUACAUUUUAUUUUUCUUAAUAUUUGUGCUAAAGUGAAAUUUCUAUUCAAACGUGAUACAACAUAUCCUGUCUUUUCUCACAGUGGUUUGCAUGCGUACAUCUCUUAGCGGAGGCCUAGCCAGUCUUUACAUCAUCUGUGCCAAAUAUAAAAUUUUCUGCCUCUGGCACCUUCCUGGCACUCAGCACUGGGGUAUACCACAUACCCUGUCACACCCCCUCCAGCUAUGCCCCUGUCAAUUAGGACUAAUCAAUUUUUGCUUUCAGAGUUGAAAAUUCUGACUAUGUUGUACUUGGUUAUCUACAACGUGUUGGUACGUCUUUAGACCAAGAUUAUAAUUUUUUUUAUAUUUUUUUUCUUUUAAGGUUUACAAAUAACAAAGGGUGCACCUUGUCUUUGAAGUUACCAUUGUAGCUGGGAGUAUGCAUGCAAACUAGUUUUACAAGGAUGAUAUUUUCCUGCUCUAGAUUGUAACAGGGGGCAAGAGGUCUGACACAGAUGAAUGUGCCAAGAAACCCACUGCUGUGUAUGUUUUUAAAACACAUUAAGGCUUUAAAUAUGGAAUUACUAUUUGUGCCCAUAAAGUGCCAUUGAGUGUGUAUCAUUAUAGAGUAUUAUUGCAACAGUGUUAUUUUUCGUAUGCAUAAAAAACACGUUUUCUAUGUUACAAUGGAUCAGUUGUAGGCACUGUUAGAUUUGCAAAGCCAAAGUUCUCACUGAAAUGAGUUUACCUGAACCAAACCUGUGAGGUUGACAUCAUAGAAAUGCCAUCUUUUUUUGUGGUUUUAAACAAACAUGCCAGGGAAAACAGGAAAUGCCAUAGUGGGUGGAUGACAUGUAUUGU